GGCAACUAAGAAAAAAGGUCCUUUUUUUGGCCCUGGGUUGAAUCAGGCAAGGAUUUCCAACUUGGCCUUGUCACCUUAGACCUACAUAUCUGUACCUUUUCGCGCGCCCAUCCGGUUCAGGGGAUGGAGAGAGGGCUUAUGCGCCAACCGGCGAAUUCUCGUAAUUCCAAACAUGGUACCGAAGGAAGAAGGAAGAAGCAAAUAUACAGAAAGGACUUACCUAUAGAAAUCCCAGGUGUUCACGGCCCGGCCAGAAGCCGCGAGACACCUUGUAAUGACACGUUUUGCAGGACGAGGACGAAAAGAGACAAUGCGUUGUGUUGUGCCACCAGAACAGGAAGUGACUGCUCAGGUCACACAAUAGGAGGCCUAGUUCGACGGUUGGGACGAUAACGGUCCGCUCUCGACGAGUUGCGCCGGUUGUCUCUUGCUGCCAAUGC